AUGUCUCUAACCGCUUCCGGAGCGGCUCUCCUCUUCUCGGGGACGACUCUUGUGAUAUCGCUCCUCGCCGCUGCUCGUCUCUACACUGAAGUCUCCGAUAUGUGGACUGAGCUAGACACUGAUAUUGCGACUUUCAAAUCACUCACUGACAAUAUGUGGUCGGAUUUGGUUCAAAUGGGAGCUGGUACUGCGGCGAAUCGUGUCCGUCGUCAGGGCAAUUAUGGUGGUUAUGGAGCACAGGGAUCUCAACAAUCUGGCGGUUAUGGAGGAUAUGGAAAGCCGCAAUUCUCGACAGACGAUUUGCCAACUGGGCCACAAGUUGGUGGGCCUCCAAACUGUGUUCCAGGAACUGGAAUCGAAGGAAUCCCAUGCAGACCGAUUUUCCCUGGAGCUUCAACUGGCUUGUUUACCCCAAGUGGUCGUUUAUGCCAGUGUUCCGCUGAGAACUCUUGCCCUGCUGGUCCAGCUGGUCCAGUUGGAAGCCAAGGACCCGAUGGAUUUGAUGGACUUGAUGGACAAGAUGGAAAAGACGGACAAGAUGCUGAUGAUGUGGCUCAGCAUCCAGCCACUGGAUGUUUCCAUUGUCCACAGGGUCCACCUGGAGCUCAAGGACCCAAUGGAGCACCGGGAAUGAGAGGAAUGCGUGGAAGAAGAGGACAAAACGGUGCGCCAGGUCUUGACGGAAAUCCAGGAAUGCCUGGAGAUAUGGGACCACCUGGACCCCCUGGAUCUGACGGAAAUCCUGGAGAGCCUGGACCAAAGGGAGAUGAUGCUGAGAAACCCAUUUCUCGUCAAGGACCAAGAGGAUCACCAGGGGACGCUGGACCGGAGGGACCACAAGGAGAACAAGGACAGAACUCGCCACCAGGAAAAGCUGGACCUGAAGGAGAGCCCGGAGUGCCCGGAUAUCAAGGAGCCGCGGGAGCUGAUGGAGAGGAAGGACGUGAGGGUUCAACUGGUUCAGUCGGAAAAGAUGCCGAGUACUGCCAUUGUCCACCGAGAGAAGGCGGUUUCAGUCCACCAAGUGGAGGAGGACGGGCAGGAAAUCGCGGUGGAGCCGCUACAUUUGAGGAUUCGCCUAGCGGCAGCUCGGGAGGAUCAGCUGGUGGAAAUGGUGGAAACGGUUAUGGAGGCUACGGAGCACAGGUGCCUCCAUCAAACGAGCGAACUGGAUAUCGACACCUU